AACUUAAAUAAAUCCAAGCUUUAAUAGAACUAUAUUAUCGAAUAUUAAUUGAAUAUUAAUAUUAUCUAUUUGAGAUUUAAUUUGUCCAAUGUAUAUAUUUUAAUAUAAAGUGAUGACUUUCUAAAGAGGAAUAUCUGUUGAUCUUUUUUGUAAACUCAAAUAACGAUACGUUCAAGGGUGAAUCUCGUUGUGUUUUGUCGAAUCGGAGAAAAUUCUCAAAUAGAAAAUAGAACUAUUGCUUAAUUAAAUUAUAUAUAUUUAUAAAUAAGCUAAAGAAUUAUAUUCUUUUACAAAACAAACAAGUAUGCUUCAGAUAAGAAGAUAAGAGUACUACGUUAUAAAAAUAUUACUCUUUGCAAAAACCUAUGUAUUGAUACAAUUAUAAAAUGGCAGCACCAGAGGCAAUGCAAGUUAGUUCAUUGCCUUUACCACCAUUACAAUAUAUCAAUUUAUAUACGGAUGAAAAUGUUCGUCGUGGAAGAGCACCCAAGCCUCCACCUCCAAUUCAUGAUACUUAUUCAAUGUUCGGCAAUGUAUUUAAUGCCGAUGAUAGUAUCAUCAGACCCUUAGAAGCUCAAGGGAUCAAAAGAUUAUAUCCUCAACACUUUGAUCGACGACGUGAAUUAAAAAAACUUAAUCACUCUUUACUAGUAAACUUUCUAGAUUUAAUAGAUCUAUUAGUACAAUGUCCCGAUAGUCCAAGACGUGCUGAAAAAGUAGAAGAUUUAAGUUUAUUGUUUAUACAUAUUCAUCAUCUUUUAAAUGAAUUUAGACCACAUCAGGCAAGAGAAACGUUAAGAGUCAUGAUGGAAUUACAGCGUAGACAACGUAUAGAAACGGCAUUAAGAUUUCAGAAGCAUCUUGAGAAGGUUCAACAGAUACUACAGCAUGCUUUACAAAUGCUUCCAGAUACUUCUGAAUUAGAUUCCAAGCUUGCAAUUAAUAUCGAUGCGAUGGAAUCCAUUGAUACUUUAGGUGCCGAGCAACAAAACAUGGAUACAUGUAGUCAAAGUGAUCGUAUUAUGUGUAAAACGAUAGAUGAUAUGAUAGCAUCAAAUAAUUUAUUUUAAGAUAUAAAUAUAGUGUUAUUCCUUAAAAGCAUCUGUAUUAUAUUAAUUAUUCAUUUAAAAUCCAACUUUAUACAUAGCGAUUGAAUGUUUUCUUUUAUAAAUGUGUAUUAUAUAUUUUAUUUAUAUUUUUUCAAUAUUCCUUCUAAUCAUAUAUAAUGGAUAUAAAGAACAACAUACGUGUAUAGAGUAUAACAUUAUUUAUUAUAUUAAUAAGAUUAUAUUGCAGAAUUACAAAAAAUGAAUUAAUGAAUUCAAUUAAGGACAAGGGAGGAGGAGUACCUAAAACUCACCUUAUGAGCAGCUAUAAUCAAAGUACAAUACAAUACAUACAAAAUUUUAGAACGCCUCCUGCAAUGAAAAACGUUAUCUAUGAUAUUACAAGCAUCUGGAAACUUCGUGAUGUCCUCAUCAGAAAUCUGUAAAGUAAAACAAUUAUUUUUUACAUAAAUUUUUUUCCGUCACCUUCCAUUCUUGUACAGCUUCUGUAAAAUAGAAAAUAUUUUAAAUAAAUUUUAUAAGAUCAUGAUCAAAGAAACUUUAGGAUCUAUGUAUUUCUUUACUUAACACAGAUGAAGUUUUUAUUUAAUAUCGAAAUAUUAAAUAAUUUGUCUUGAACAUAUAAAGUAUUCAAAUAAUGGAUAGAAUUGUUAAAGAAAAAAUAGAAAAAUUAUAUUGUAAAGUUAAAGCAUUCUUGAAGCGUUGAAGCUUAUAUAAAUCAGAAUAAUGAUCACAGUGUCUUUUGUUUUUUUGAUCACGUCUUUUUUUUUCUUUUUUUCUCUCUCUUUUUUUUUAAAUAUUCUUUUGUCUCUCAUUAACAGCUGUUUCCUCAACAUGAGCUGCAUCUUAUUCCUGCCAACAAAUAAA